GUUCAUUGUUUGCUCGUGUCCGUUAGUUAUUGUUUCCAUCGAUGGCAUCUGCAUGUGUCUGUGUCCCCCACUCACAGCGACGGCAAGACCACAAAGCGAAAACUGGCAGUGACGGGGAGAGAGGCACGAGCCUUUGCCGGCUCCACAGAGCACCACAACCAGUCAGUCACACAUACAAAACAGCAGAACGGAACACUUAGUGAGGGUCCGAAGGUCGGUCAGAUGUUGCUGGUCUUGAAGAUGUUGAACCCGUCACUCGCCGUCGAGAUGAUGACACCUGGUCAACCACACACACACACACACGCACACAGAUAGAUACAAUACGACAGAAGCCAUGCCUGCCGGCCUGCCUGUAAGUGGCCCUACUUGUGAUUUGUGGGUGGAACUUGACUUCUUUGAUGUCCUUCUGGCCCUGCGCACACGCACACAGUACGGCAACCCUGUCUUGUGUAUGUCUGCAUGCAUGUAUGUGUGACCUGGUGGAGGAAGAGCAGCUGUGGCGGGUAGUAUUCGGCGCCGUCGGGCAGCUUCUGGCCGGGCUCUGUGUCGUCCUCUACCGACAUGUCCCAUAUCGACACCUACUCCCACACCACACAAGACACAUGACACAUGACAUGACACGCGUCUGAUGGAUGAGUGGCCUUUCCCUCUUUGUUGCUUACGGUGUUGUCAGCGGCCGACACGACGAGGCAGGCCUGGUCGGUCGGGUGCCAAUCCACCGACUGCACACACACACGCAACCAAUCAACCAGUGUCCCCCUCCCUGGUGGGUGUGAGUGUGUGUGCGCUCUUACCGUGAUGGGCUCCUUGUGCCAGUGGAAGUUGGCCAUCGGACCAACGCUAAUCGACACACACACGCACACACAUCCGUCCCUGCGUCAUCCGGCCAUCCAUCCAUCCAUCCAUCCACACACCGAGGGCCCACCUAGUGUUGCGAAUGUCCCAGACCUUGAAGCAGCCAUCGUCGGCACCGGUCAGCAGCAGCUCACCCACAGAGGGGUUCCACGACAGCACGUUGACGUCGCGAGGGUGGGCGUGGGGAAUCUGCACGGCCGACUUCCUCUCCUCCGCCCGGGUGUCCCACACUCUGCAGCCGACGCAUUGCUGCUCCCUCGUGUGUGCGCGUGUGUGGGUUUGUGUGUGUGUGUGCACCUGACAGAGCAGUCGGCCGAUGCGCUGGCAAAGACGUCGCCGGCGCCGUCACCGCAGCGCUUCCACUGAUAUAUAUAGCAGGCACGCACACAAAAGGAUGUCGUCCAUGCAUUCCAUGGAGCCCCCCUGUGUGUGUAUGUGCGUGCGGUCACCAUGACGUCCUCGACAGACGACUUGUGUUCCUUGUAGGGUGUCUGCACUCAUGAACAGAGAGACGUGUGCAGUAGGUCUCCUCCCUCCCUGCCUCCCUCCCUCCCUGCCUGCCUCUCUGUCUGUCUGUCUGUCUGUCUGUCUGUGUAUGUCUGCCGACCUUCUGCACGUCCCAUCCGCCCUCCACCGGCUCCCACAGGUAUAUCAUGCGCUUGUUGUCGCCCGACAGAAACCUAUGGGCACGCACACACACACACACACACACACGAUGCUUCCUGAUGCCAUGGUGAGCGGUUGGGUGUGUGUGCGUCCCGACCGUCCGGUUUUGUGUGGGUUGAAGUCCAUGGCGUAGCCCUCGUCCGUGUGGCCAGAGAAGGUGAAGAUCGGCGCCGUCUUCGCAUUCAGAGGUGCCCCUGACCACACCAAUUGACCGCAAGGGCAUAUAUUCCAAAGACCGGCCGGCCACGUCACGUUGGCGAUUUGCUGGCUGUCUUGUGCUGUGCUCACCCGGUGUGUCGAGGCGGUCGAUGAAGUCCUUCAGAUUCCACAUGUGCACCUAAGCGGACAGAGCAGAGCAGGCCAGGCAGGUGGGCAUCCGGUCUCCCUCUGUGUUGUGUGUCAUUUGCCCACUGACGGACCUUCUUGGUAUCAGCCCAGGUGGCGACGAGUGCGGGGACUUGUUUCAUGCUGCGGAUGCGGUUGACGCCUCCCUGGUGGGACACCACACGGAAGUCGAGGGCCGCCUCCUCGUCGGUCGCCUCGUCGUCAUCCUGCAUGUAGAUGCGCACACCACACACACACACACAUAGGGCAGAUGCAUGUGUGUGUUGAUGGCUUGGGCUAGCUAGUCUGUGCUCACGUCGACGUCGUCUUCUUCGUCCUCUUCGUCGUCGUCUUUGUUUGUGCGGUGGAGGCGGUGCCACUUCAUCACAAAGAUGCGGUUCCUGCCCCACCCACAUGGGCAGACAAUCAGACAGACAAACAGACAGACAGACAGAAGGGCAUCUACACACCACGAGUCCGACGGAUGCUUGUGUCUGUCUGUCUGUGAUGUGACGUGAACUGAAUACUUGUCGGCUCUGUCGGCCUGCGUGCCGGCGACCACAUACGCCGUGUGGGGGAACUUAGACCGAUGCUGACACCACACACAGAAGAAGAUGAAGAAGGGUGAAAGAGAGAUCCUUUGAGGUUUGUCGUGUGUGCGUGGGUGGGUGGGUGUUGCGCGCUGCCUGCAUGGGCAUGUGCCCAACCCCCCCACCAUGCCGAGGGUGUCGGCAAGAAUGUCGAACGAGAGGCAGGGCCAGUCGAGUCGGUUGCGGUGCAGCAUGGCGUACGCAGUGCUGUCGUAAUCCAACGCCUCACCUGCAAUGCAUGCCAUGGUACGACAGCAUAUGCAGCCCGUGUGUGUGUGUGUGUGUGUGCGGAUCUACGCCACGCCUGUGUACCUUCAUCGAUGGCGUCCACCCCCGGCCGCCACACCUUGACCAGCUGCUGACGACGCUUCUUCUCCUCGGCCUCUUCAUCCUCGGCAACUUCCUCCUCCUCGUUGGUGUCCGCGGCACCCAUCCGCUGACGAUGGCCACACAAACACACAGGCAUACCAUGCACGACGAGGGGGAGCGGUGUUGGUGCGUCCAGUCACUUCGUUUUCCUCGUCAUCGUCAUCGUCAUCGUCUUCGUCUUGUUUGGGGUUGUUGAUGAUCUCUUCCUCCUCGAACUCGUCCUCAUGGUCAUCCUCAAACUGCAAGCCACCCUGACACACACACACACACACACACACACACAUGGAUGCCCAUCUCUCUCUCUCUCGUAUCGCUUUGAUGCAUCCAUCGCUCCCUCCCUCCCAUUGCCCGUUAAGUACUGAUGGUUUGGUGUGUUUCUCCGUCUUGUCGGCCUUCUGUGUGCUUGAGAGUUUGGCCGGCUGCUUGACGGUCUCUUCCUCAUCGCCCUCCUCCAUCUGCGAAGGGUCCGCUUUAGUUUCGGCGGCCGACGAGGCCUCGCGGCGCUUCUGAAAGCCAUGCACCACAUGCCAUCACACAGGGCGAUAGAUACGAUGGAGAUCGUGAUGAAAUAAAUGGAUUGAUGGGAGGCUCACCUUGCCCUUGUUCUUCCCCAUCCGCUCACGCGAGAAAGCACCGAGAUCUG